AUGUUUCAUCUUCAGUACGUUGAUAAUGCCGAUGUACGUGUAUUAAAUGUACAAUGGUUGCGCAGAAAAAUUGGCCUUAUAUCGCAAGAACCCAUCUUGUUUGAUUUAUCAAUAAAAGAAAAUAUUGGUUAUGCACUAGAAGAUAAUGCCACAAUUGAUGAUGUGAUUGAAGCUGCUCAGAAAGCCAACAUACACGAAUUUAUUAAAUCAUUACCACAAGUACUUAAUUAUUGA